AUGGCUGGCAGCGACGAGCCCCUCGAUACUGCGAGCACCUCGGCCCCCGAUCUGCAGAUUCUGGGCGAUGAGAUCACUCUGCAGCCCGGCGGCUACCUUGAGCCAGAGAAAGGGGCAACCGAAGGGAAAGAGGAGGCUCUGAUGAAUCAAUUUGCAUCGUUUCGGUCCGAGCCAUUGCAAUUCUUGCGCGAGGUUUCUCUCUAUGUUUCUGGCCAGGGAUGGCGCGCAUACGAUAAUGUCAUUGGACAACCAGUCUUCUACCCCGGGUUCACCCAGAACAUGACUUCCAUGGUCAUGUCUGCACCGCUUCUCCAGGAACGCAUCUCACAACUUGCAGAGAGCCGCGUCGCCGUUGAGGAAAAAGAAGGACUGCUGAACAAGAACGACAAAGACUACGCGACGAAGCGGACGCAACGCCGCGUCGCUCUUGAAAACUCCUUGCAAGAGGUUGCCGAAAAGCUUACCGACGAAAUGAUUUGCAAGAUGGAAGGCAAGACUUUCAUCCGCAGUGCCUACUACAUGGUUACUCAACUGUUGACGAGAGCCUAUCACCAAGGCAUUCAUGUCUCCAGCGAGGAGGUAUUGCGUCUGCGCAAGGUGGCUGAUCUUGCUGCCAAGAAGAAGCAAAGUAUUGUGUUCCUUCCUAGUCACCGGUCACAUGUUGACUACGUCAGUCUCCAGCUCAUCUGCUACCGUCUUGGUUUGACUUUGCCCGUCGUGGUGGCUGGCGAUAACCUCAACUUUCCUCUUGUCGGAAACUUCCUGCAGCACGCAGGCGCCAUGUGGAUCCGUCGCUCAUUUGGUGAUGACGCUCUUUACUCGACUCUGGUUCAGUCAUACAUAGAUACAUUGCUCCAGCAGGGAUACAACUUUGAGUGCUUCAUUGAAGGAGGUCGAUCGCGCACUGGAAAGCUUCUCCCACCUAAAUUUGGUAUAUUAAGCUUCGUCCUGGACUCAAUUCUGUCAGGCCGUGUGGAAGACACCAUCAUCUGCCCUGUCAGCACGCAGUACGACAAGGUUAUCGAGACGGAGGGGUACGUCACCGAGCUGCUGGGUGUCCCCAAGAAGAAAGAGAACCUUGCCGACUUUCUCUCUGGAGGCUCUUCCGUGCUGUCUUUGAAGCUCGGCCGCGUUGACGUGCGAUUCCACGAACCCUGGAGUCUACGAAAAUUCAUUGAUGAGCAGCUCACAAAGAUCCCCAAUGUCCCGCGUGGCUUGGACACGGAUCAUCGCAAUCCGGCUGUCAGGGCGGUCCGGGAAAAGAUCCUGAGAACUCUCGGAUACAAAGUCCUCGGAGACAUCAACGCCGUCUCUGUUGUUAUGCCUACUGCUCUGAUCGGUACAGUUCUUCUUACUCUGCGUGGACGCGGCGUAGGUAAGCAAGAACUCACUCGUCGCGUUGAGUGGCUCACGGCUCGAGUUAGAGCCAAGGGUGGUCGCGUUGCGCACUUUGGUAACGCGCCGCUUUCGGAAAUCGUUGACCGAGGCCUGGAGGUUCUUGGAAAAGACUUGGUCGGCGUGGUAGACGGACUUGCUGAGCCUACCUACUAUGCCGUUGAUCGCUUCCAGCUUUCUUUCUACCGCAACAUGACGAUUCAUCUCUUUAUUUACGAAGCUCUUGUCAGCGCUGCCAUGUACACACGCGUCAAGCGUGGUGGCGGCCCGACAAUGCAGGUCAUCGAAUUCGAGGAGCUCAAGUCGACAGUCUUCUUCCUAUCCUCCCUUUUCCGCGGCGAAUUUAUCUUUGGCAGUGCGGGCCUUGAUGCCAACUUGGACAAGACACUCAAGGGACUAGAGGCUGACCGCGUGGUGCAAUUGACAAAGGACGACAAGGGAAAUGUCGUUCAGGUCGGCCUUUCAGAUGAAGAGCGAAGAGCAGGGCGGGAGAAUUAUGAUUUCUACUGCUUUCUGAUCUGGCCCUUUAUUGAAGCUAGUUGGUUGGCCGCAGUGUCAUUAAUGGGAUUAUGCCCACCUGGUGACGCUAGCGACGUAUGGGUUGAACAGUCCAAAGCGCAGAACAGUGCUCAGCUUCUUGGAAAGACUCUCUACCAUCAAGGCGACUUGUCCUAUUUCGAAGCUGUGAACAAGGAAACGCUCAAGAACUCAUAUACCCGGUUUGAGGAGGACCAAAUGGUUCAUGUUGUUAAAGCCAAGGACUCCAAGGUUCCCCCGCGCAUGCAGCUAGAUCCAACCUGGAGACCUCCGCGAGACCCUAAAACCGGCGCUUUGCUAGCAGAAGGCAAGCUCUGGGACUUUACGGAGAAGAUUGCCAGCUGUCGUCGAGAGGGUAAGAAUCGCAGAGAUGGUGCGACUGUCAGCAGUCGCGUGUUGCGGCUCACAGACGAACUCGGUCGCAAGCUGUUUGAGCAGGCCGAGGAAGGCGCCAAAGCCGGCAAGCACAAGAUCCCCAGCCGACUGAGCCAGGAGGAAAAGGAGACACUGCACAAGUCUGUUGGCGAGGCGCGUCGCCGCAGAAAGAUGCGCAACAAGCCGAACCUGUAA